UAUGCAAAACUAAUAGCCUUUGCAGAAAUUACAGAUAUUUAUGCUAAACUAUGUGAUCUAGAAGACAAUUAUAUUACAAAUCAAAAUAUUAGUGCUCUUAAGAAAGCCGCAGACUUUCAACGUAUUGAAGAAUGA